GGUACGUCGGUUAGUGGGGACGGGGGAAAGUCACGGCGUGUCGCGGCGCAUUUCAACUCGCAUCCUCGUCCCGUACGAGUUUUUGACGCGAGCGAGUGUUUCGAGAAUUUCAUGGAGUGUCGGAAGUGAAGUAAAUUGUCGGGCAUUCGUGCCAACAUUCGUCGUCAUAUGGAUGCGAUGUAUUGUGCGAAGUUGUGUCGCAUUUAAUCGUGUUUUGCAUUUUCUCCGCUGCUUCAUAUCUCGAGUUUCCGACGCAGAAAGAAGAUUAGUUAAGAAAAGUUAUUCCGCUGAAAACGGAAAAAGAAAACGGCGGAAUCGGCGGAAUGAAGACGCUACCAAUUACGAGCGUUUCGCAGUUCCGCAGUUUCGUCAUUCCGCAUCCCAUGUGAACGCACCCUGACACGUAGAGCACAUCUCCAAAUGUUUUUUCAUGCACUUAUCAGCAACGCUAGGUGAUUGUAUCUCUUUGCGUGUUUGCAUUUGAUUGUAAAUUGGGUGGAUUCCGCUAUUUUUAUAAAUUAAUAAUAAUUUAUUUAUGGCACUAUUAAGAACAUUUUUCGAUUCUGUUUGAUCCUAGUCUAUCUGUAUGCAAUCACUUGGCCUGACUUGGCCCUUUGUUAUAAAAUACUCUAUAUAGUGUGGUGAUUAUUUGUAAAGAUAGCUUUUAUAAAUAGAGAUUUUUAUAAACAAAGAGAGAAAGAGAUUAAUUAUGAUUUUGAUACAAAUAUAAUGAUAUCGCUUCGCCAUCUAACAAUGACUUGGAACAACUUCAGCGCAUUCGCAUUACAGUCUCGUAAGUUGUAAGUAUGCGGUUGUGUCGAUAUAAUCGCAAGUGUUCUCACGAAUCACACGUGUAAAUUAAUUUCAAUAAUAAAACUUUAAACGUUUAAAAUGGGGAACAAGAGGAAACAGCGUGACGAAGAUGAUUACGAAUAUGAUCCAGGUCCUAAACAUAUGCAAAUAGGUCACAUUAAAAAUCAAGAGAGGCGUCUUAUCGUUAUAUUGGAGAAUGCUCAACUGGAAUCUGUGAAAGUUGGACAUAGUUUUGAAUUGUUGAACUGCGACGAUCAUAAGCACAUUUUGAAAAAAAAUAAUCGCGAUCCUGGUACGUGCAGGCCAGACAUUACUCAUCAGUGUUUGUUAAUGUUAAUGGACAGUCCGCUAAAUCGAGCUGGAUUAUUGCAAGUCUAUGUACAUACGGAAAAAAAUGUAUUGAUAGAAAUUAAUCCACAAACCAGGAUACCAAGAACGUUCAAACGUUUUGCUGGAUUGAUGGUCCAACUAUUACAUAAAUUUGGUGUCAGAGCAACGGAUGGACCAAUGAAGCUUCUUAAAGUAAUUAAGAAUCCUAUUACGAAUCAUUUGCCAGUUGGUUGUCAUAAGAUAUUGAUGUCAUUUAAUGGGAACAAAGUAUUGAAUCCACGAGAGCUUGUACCUGACCAAGAUCCAAUUGCUAUUGUAGUUGGAGCUAUGGCACAUGGUCAAGUCAAAACAGAUUACACAGAAGAAAUCUUCUCAAUUAGUAAUUAUCCUCUCUCAGGUGCUGUUACAUGUAGUAAGUUGUGUACAGCAUUUGAAGAAGUUUGGGGAGUUGUCUAAUAAAAAGCUAUAAUGUAUUAUGUAUUUAAUUUCAAAUUUAUAUGAAUUGCAAGAAAGGAUUUCACAAUUUGAAGAAUUUUCUAAAAUGAAUGUAAUUUUAUUUUAAUGAAAAGUAGCUUACAAUCUUAUUUUUAUAUUAGCUUUCUACCUAUACUUUUUGAUAUUUUUUUUAACAGGUAUUUAACAUAUACAUAUUUUAUUAGUAUUAAUAUGAUGAAAUUGCUAAAAAUCAUUAAAAAUUUUUUUAAAUGAUCAAAUUUGUGUGCAUUGACAAACACAUUGGGAUAAGUUCAAACGUGUUUAGUCAAAUAAAUGGAUUAAAAUUUGGUAUUUUAUAUAAAUUGUAAAUCUUAUAAAAGAAACAAUGUUAUUUCAUUAUGAAUUUAUGAUGUGAAAAAUCAUGUUUUAUUUAAAUAUCUUAUUACAAUUUUGUAAAGAGCUCAUAAAUAUUUUAAUGGAUAAAAAUGAGAACAAAAUUA